AUGGGUUUUUUUACAACGAAUGAACAUGAGGAGACAUUGCAGUUAAUUCUUGAAAGAUACAACAUUACCAAAGCCAGUAAUCUAUUUGACUUUGCAUCUUCGAAAAAGUGGCGAUCAACAACAUCAAAAGAGGAGGGAGAGAUUAUUCAAACAUCAUCGAAUGAAGAAAAAGAAGAGGGUGAACUGUCAUCAAGUAGUAGCGAAGAGGAGAUUUGUGACAGUCCAACAAGAACAAGGCACAAAAUGAAAAAUAUUGCUUUUCAUUUUGAGGAAAGUGAUAAUGAGCCUCCCGAAAAAAGAAGAAAAGAACUGGAAUGUGAAACUGAGGAAGAAAUUGACGAAACGCCUGGGGAUGACGUGUCUUCAAAUGGAGAAGAGAAGGUGCUAUUUUCGGUGUCUUUCCCUGAUUUUGUAUUUUUAGUUGUUACACAUUUAUAUUUGAAGGAAAUAGAAACACUUUCUGAAAGUAAGUAUUAUUCUGACAAGAAGAACAAAAAGUGGCAAAGACGAUACAAGCGAUGCCCUCAGUGCAAAGGACAAUUCAAGUAUUUAUCAUCUCAUUUAAAAAAAUACCACAAAAUGUCCAAGCGUCGUGCACAAACGUUGGCCUCAAAGCACAGAGCUUUAAAAGAUAAUCCAAAAUCUGCAAGACAACGAAAAACUAAAUGUCCUGUUAUAAACUGUGAAAAAACUCUAAUUAGACUUGACAAACACCUAAUUAAUUUUCAUCGCUUUCAAAGGGAAAGUGAAGAAUAUAAUCGUUACAACAGACAAGCCAUUGCUGCAAGAAAAUAUAAAAAAGAUGAGUUGAAAAUGAAGAAAACAAUGGCAAAACGACGGAAAGAAAGAAGCAACUACGUAAAUUACUCACAGUUUGUACCUCAUGAAGAAGAACAACAAAACACAACAGAGGAUGAUGAUGUCGAACAAGCAGUCCAAAACAUGUCCCAAAGACCAAGGAAACCGAAAGAUGAGCUUUCAUCGGAAAGAAUAAAAAGAAUAGAAAAACUGCCUCUUAUCAAAAUGUUUUACCAAUACUUGAUAUCAUUUGAAGGAAAGUUCAGAAAACCAAGGGAUGCAUCAGAUCAUUCUCGUCGGAUUUGUCGCUUGCUUUACGAGCUACAAGAUGAACCAAAUGACGCAUCCAUCUUGUGGCAAGAUGAAAGCUUAGAUCAGCUAAGAAAUUCAUUCUUCCUUGGAAACGAUCUCUUACAAAAGCCAAGGGCUCCAAACACGCUAAAAACAUAUGUUGUCUCUCUGAAGUUAUGGUUGAAGUUUAUGCUUGCCAGAAAAGUGAUGAUAAACAACAUUUUCCCUCAGUUAAAUUCAGAGCAAUUUGAAUUAAUUCAAAGUGCAAUAAAAAGAUUGGAAUGUUGGCCAUCUUCAUUCAGAACGGCUAGUCAACAACGCAAAAAUGAAAAUAGAAAAAAAGCAGAAAAACAACGGCUGAGGUCAAAGGACUUUGAGAAGUUGACCAACACUUCAAUAUUGAAAGAAGUGAAAGGAAUUUGUGCUAGAGCACAAAAACCUAACUACUACAUUGAAGUGAAUGAAUUUUGCACAGUCCGAGAUUAUCUCAUGUUAAUGCUUGUCCUUGGAAGUGCCCAACGAUCCGGGGCACUUGCAAACUUAACUGUGGAUGAGUUUGAAAAAGGGGAAUGGAUAGAGCACACUUAUGUAACAAAAACACUAUUACACAAGACACAAUCCUUAGGUCCCGCAAAGCUAUAUUGGGACAAUACCCUAAAAUGCAUAGCAGAUGCCUACUUAAAUAACAUGAGGCAAAUUUUUGCUACAUUGUCUUCUCAUCAUCGUCCUGAGCCUGGCAGAAGCAAUAGUAGAGGUGCAUUUUCAUUGCCAUUUCUGGAAAAGCUCUGGAUGAGAGCCGAAGUUAGUAGAAGGCUGAUAGAGUUCGGAAAAAGUUGA